AUGUGUUCUUCUUCUUUCUCUUUCAUCAAGGUUUCCAAGCACACAGUUUUCUGAAUAUUCCGUCGCCGGAGCCAGAAUAUUCCGUCCACUAGUAACUUCUCCGUCUUCCACUGACUACUGGCACCUGCUAACUUCUAGUUACCGUGAAAACCCUAUCUUUUUUUUCAGGCCAUUGUUCAAUUAUCUCAAUUGGGGUUUUAUGAUUUUAUCCAGUUUUUCAAGAAUUGGAACUAAAAUUUUGAAGCUUGUAUCUUAAAUCAAAGCUGCAAUGUUCACCCCCAAGCGGCAGUGGCAGGGGCAGUCGAGAACACCUAGGAAUGAAGUGCGUACGCCAAACCCUACUACCGGCAAGGACAAAUUGGUGACAUUUAUUGACGGACCUCCGCCGCCUCCACCGAGGGGCUUGUUGAAUGACAAUGGGGAUAGAGCUGAGACGGAGAAUAUGGACGAUUGGAGAAGGUUUCGGGAGGUGGGGCUGCUGGAUGAGGCGGCGUUGGAGAGACGUGAUCGAGAAGCAUUGCUGGAGAAAGCCCAGAGGCUUGAAAGAGAGCUUCACGAUUAUCAAUAUAAUAUGGGUUUGCUACUAAUUGAGAAUAAAGAGUGGACUUCAAAGUAUGAAGAACUUCAUCAAUCUCUUCUAGAAGCGCAGGAGCUUCUCAAACGUGAAAAGGCAACACACUUGACUGCAGUUAAUCAAGUGGAGGAGCGUGAAACUAAUUUGAGAAAGGCUCUUGAGGUUGAGAGACAAUGUGUGGCAGAGCUCGAGAGGUCUCUUCGUGAGAUAUACGCGGAGCAUGACAAAAUUAAGAUAACAUCUGAUACGAAGCUUGCUGAUGCCAAUCAUUUGGUGGCUGGAAUUGAAGAUCGGUCUUUGGAGGUGCAACAGAAGUUGCUUGCUGCUGAUUCAAAGCUUGCUGAGGCCAGCAGAAAGAGUUUAGAGAUGGAGAGGAAAUUGCAAGAGGUUGAGACACGUGAAAGUGUACUUAAAACGGAGCGCAUGUCCUUCAUCUCCGAGCGGGAUGCCCACGAAGCAACUUAUCUAAAGCAUAAAGAAGAUAUGCAGGAGUGGGAAAGGAAACUGCAAGAAGGUGAAGAGAGACUUUGUCAGAAUAGGAGACAUAUUAAUGAGAGAGAGGAGAAGUUAAACGAACUAAAUAGGAUGUUGAAGCAGAAAGAGAGUGAAUUUGCUGAAGAACAGAAGAGGACUGAGUUGCUAAAUUUGAAUCUAAAGAAAAAAGAAGAAGAGGUUGACAAAAAACUUUCUGAACUGAUCGAGAAAGAGGAAAAAGCUGAAGCUCUUAGAUCUAGUUUAGAGACGAAGGAAAAAGAUUUAAGUGUGUUGACUGAGAAGCUGAGCAAGAGGGAGAGAAUGGAGAUUCAGAACCUUGUUGAUGAGCACAAAGCUGCAUUUGAGAUAAAAAAGCAGGACCUUGAAGUAGAAAUGGAAGAGAAGAGAAAGUUGCUUGAGGAUGAGCUUAGAGUCAAAACUGAUGAAUUGGUUAAGAAGGAGAGCGAAACCAGCCAUAUGAUGGAAAAAUUGAAAAAGCGGGAACAGGCUCUGGAGAAGAAAUCUGAAAGGGUAAAGGAGAAAGAGAAGGAUAUUGAUGUAAAGUUAAAGGGAGUGAAGGAAAAAGAUAAGGCCCUCAAAUUGGAGGAGAAGAAUCUAAACUCGGUUAGACAAGAAAUAAUUUCAGAGAAAGAAACAUUACAAAGUCUCAGGGAUGAGCUUGAGAAGAUGAAAGCUGAGAUUAGUCGGACAGAAUUACAGAUGCAUGAUGAAAAAGAGAAGCUUAGAAUUACUGAAGAAGAGAGGGAGAAUCAUAACCAUUUGAUACUGGAAUUGAAACAGGAGAUACAGAGGUACAAUCAGCAGAAUGAUUUGCUUUGUAAGGAACGGGAUGAUUUAAAGCUAGACAGGAAGAGAUUCGAGGAAGAGUGGGAGGUUCUUGAUCAAAAAAGAGCUGAAGUUACUAGAGAGUUGCAACAACUUGACGAAGACAAAAAAACAAAUGAUAAAUACAAACACUCAUUGGAAAGGAAAUUGGAAGAAGAUAAAAUAGCCUUGGAAAACUACAUUAAGAGGGAGAUGGAGGCUCUUAGACUUGAGAAAGAAUCAUUUGCUGCUACAAUGAAGCAUGAGCAGUUAAUGUUAUCAGAAAAAGCUCAGAACGAGCAUAAUCAGUUAAUUCGUGAUUUUGAGACUCGUAAGAGGGAUCUUGAGGCAGAAAUGCGAAAUAAGCAAGAGGAUUUCGAGAAAUCUCUUCAGGAAAGAGAGAGGGCAUUUGAGGAGAAGACUGAGAAGGAACGUAGCAAUAUCAGUCAUUUGAAGGACGUUGCUGACAAGGAAAUGGAAAAUAUGAGGUCAGAGAGAAGCAGAUUGGAGAAGGAAAGAGUAAAUAUUGCCCGGAAUAAGCAGCAGUUGGAAGAGCAGCAGCUAGAAAUGCAAAAUGACAUUAAUGAACUUGGCAUUUUAAGUAAAAAGCUCAAGUCAGAGAGGCAGCAAUUUGUCAAAGAAAGAAGCCGGUUGGUUUCUUUUCUUGAGAGGAUAAAGAGUUGUCAAAACUGUGGGGACAUGGCAAGCGACUACAUGCUAGCUGAUCUUAUUACUGAACUGGACGAAAGCGGAGCCUCUCCUCUUCAGGCAAUUGGUGAACAACUUCUGGAAAAAGUCGCUUCUUAUGAAGUAAAGGCUCAGAGAACUCCUGGUGAGAAUGAUGCAAAAUCUCCGGACUCUGGUGGGCGUAUAUCCUGGCUUCUUAGGAAGUGCACCCCCAGACUCUUUAAGUUGUCUCCAACUACAAAAGUUCAACAAGACGUGCCUUCUCAAAACUUGGACCAAGCAUUGUCUGAUACACUGGUCAGUGCUCAAAAUGUUGGAGAACCCAGCAUGCCAGUUGGAGGUGCCACUCAAUCCAAUGCGACCGAAAUAGAUCGAGCUGUACCAGAAGUUUCAGAAGAUUCAAAGCAUUCUGAGAUGACUCAUCGUAGACGAAAAUAUGCUAGAAAACCAGGGGAUGUAAUCCACAGAACACGUUCUGUUAAAGCAGUAGUUGAAGAUGCUGAAGCUUUCUUCAGGAGGACAUCAAAAGAUGAUCAUCCAAAUGAGGAAGAAAAUAAGGACGCCCCUGCUUCUGUCAAUGAGGAAAGUCGAGGAGAUUCUAGCCUUGCUGGUAAAGGAGUUGGUUCUGUUCGGAGAAAACGAACUCGUGCAGUGUCUUCUAAAAUGAGUGAUGGCGAUGAAAGUGAUGGUCAGUCGGAAAGCGUGAGUGUGGGUGGCCGCAGGAAAAGGCGGCAGGCUGCUGCUCCAGUGGCACAAGAUACUGGAAAGUCACGUUAUAACCUUCGACGUCAUAAAGCCAACACAAAAGAAAUUAAUUCCACACCAGCUGAAGUCGCCAGUCAGAGCGACAACCCUGAGGAUCCAGCCCAGGUCGUGGCUUAUAAACACGAACAAAUGAUCAUGGUUGAUAGAGUAGUCAGGUUUGUUCCAUCAGAAGCCAAGAUUGAAGAAAAUUCGAAUGCUGUCAAGUCCAUGGAUAAAGUGGAAAUAGUCAGCGAGGAGGUCAAUGGCACAUCAGAAUACAACGACAAAGAUGAUCACGACAACCACCACAAAGAUGAGCACAACAGUCCAUUGCACUGUAAUCCCAAAGAAGAAGAGGAUGAUGAAGAUGAAGAUGAAGAUGAAGAUGAAGAAGAGGAUGAUGAAGAUGAAGAUGAAGAAGAUAAUCCCGGUGAAGCUUCAGUGCCCAGAAAGCUUUGGAAAUUCUUCACAUCUUGAUGGCUAAUUUCUUGUAACAUGUCAUUUUUUACGUACUAGAACUUCACAAGGUUAAAAUGUUGUAGCAAUAUGCAUAGGUAAGUAGUGGAUUCCGAAUUGUUGGGGUCUAUUUUUUUUGUUGAGAAUCCGUCAGCAUAUUCGGUUUUGUAGUCCGGUUGUAUUUCAAAAUACCUUAUUCUUCUUUA